CACAGAAGACUUGUACAAUCCUCACACGCAGAAAAGCGAACCAUAGAAGAUAUUGAAACAAUUGUUCCGGAUCCUGCUUUGAAACAAUGGGAACCGAAGAAUUGGCGAGAACAACUGGCAAAUAUAGAUCGAAUGCGUGAGGCUCGUGAUGCUCCGGUGGAUACAAUGGGAUGUGAACGUUUAGCCAGCCGAAUCGAGGAUCCAAAAGUCUUCCGUUUGCAGGUUCUACUCAGUCUGAUGCUUUCCAGUCAAACAAAAGACCAAGUGACUGCGGCAGCGAUGGCGCGGUUACAAGCGGCUGGUUGUACUGUCGACCAGCUGCUCGCAAUGAACACGACAACCUUGGAACAAUUGAUUUAUCCGGUCGGAUUUUAUAAGCAAAAGGCUGUGUACAUUCAACGAACUUGUCGAUUACUGAAGGAAAAAUACGACUACGAUAUUCCACGGACCGUGGCGGGCCUGUGCGAACUACCCGGUGUCGGUCCAAAGAUGGCUCACUUAGCCACGCGCGUGGCGUGGAAUGAAGUCACCGGUAUUGCGGUGGAUACACAUGUGCAUCGCAUUGUCAACCGACUCGGCUGGACUAAGAAACCAGCGAAAACACCAGAAGAGACACGAAAAGCGCUUGAAGCAUGGCUCCCUAAAGAGAAAUGGGACAGUAUCAACUGGCUCCUUGUUGGUUUUGGACAACAGAUUUGUCUGCCGGUUGCUCCCAAAUGUGAUGGGUGCUUGAAUAAUGCAGUCUGUCCGUUUGGACGGAAAUCAGUGCGGAAUACGGUCGUCAAUGGCGACAAAAGCAGCGGUAAAAAGAAACGCAAAGCCUGA